CAGUGUAUUAAGACUAUUAAGGUAUGUUUCAUAUAAAUCGCGCUGGCCACACCGCGCACUGGUCGCCUCUUAUAAGCUAAAUUUAUUUACCAUCUUUUCCAAAGUUUUACUUAACAUAUUAAACACAUUCGAACCAUGUCUAUGCGACCAGACGACCAUCGAAGGAAAUGGGACAAGAACGAGUACGAGAAGCUGGCCGCCGAGCGCCUGCUCAACCAGGUGGCCCCCAAGGAAGAAGAGCCUGUUCAGAGGGAGAACCUGAAGAGACGAGACUAUAAAGUGGAUCUGGACAGUAAGCUGGGCAAGAGCGUGGUUAUAAACAAAAACACACCUACGUCACAAUCCGGUGGAUACUAUUGUAAUGUGUGCGACUGUGUGGUUAAGGACUCCAUUAACUUCCUUGACCACAUCAAUGGCAAGAAGCAUCAGCGGAACCUGGGCAUGUCCAUGAAGGUGGAGCGCAGCACCGUGGAUCAGGUAAAGGAGCGCUUCCAGCAAAACAAGAAGAAGAUGGAGGAGAAACAGAAAGACUACGAACUCGAGCGAAGAUUGCGCGAGGCCAAGGAAGAGGAGGACAGGUACAAGGAGCACCGCAAGGAAAAGCGGAAAGAGCGCAAGCGGAAGGCCGAGGACAACGAUGAAUUCGCUUCUGGCGGUCUGCCCGAUGAUAUGGCGGCCAUCAUGGGCUUCUCCGGCUUUGGCGGAUCCAAAAAGAACUCGUAGAUCCUAAGUGUUGAGCUGCUCUUUAGUUUUAAAAGCGUAACCAUUUUAGAAACUAACCACCUACAGAUAAAUUGUUUAUAUGAUGGCCAAUAGGGACAAUUAUUUUAAAAAAAGGCUGCCGAGAUAAAUAAAAGAACUCUAUACUUUUCAUAUUGUAUUUAAAAACAAAUUUUAAUUUGAGACUAGAUUCCUAGAAGCAUAUUUAAUUAAAUUUUAUCUUUUUUUUAAUCAAAAAAUAAAGUCGAUUACCGUUCAAAUAGUGCACUCGGCCAACAGUUGUUUACCUUCUUAUACAUAUGUAUAUUUAGUAACUUUUAAUUCCGAAAAAUUCUUUUUAAAUAAAACACCGAAACAACCUUUUAA